AUGGGAGCUUGUGGCACCGACCCCGUCCAGGUCCUCCACAGAGCCGUCCAGCCCGAUGCGGCCUUCAUCCACUCUCAGCCUCAUACACCAGGGACCUCCGACCAGGCCGAGAGCGGCAACGAAACUGAUCUAAUGGUGACAAAGAUGUUCCAGCAUGCCCUGGCAUUGGCUUUUGCUGUCAAUGAGAUCAACAAGAAUCCUAGGAUCCUGCCAAAUGUCACACUCGGAUUCCACAUCACUGACAGCUACUAUGAAGAGAAGAUGACUUACCGGUCCACCCUGGACCUGCUCUUCAAAUCACAGAGAUUUGUCCCUAAUUACAAAUGUGAUUCCCAGAGAAAUGUAGCAGCCAUUGUCGGUGGAUUUGAUGCUGCUGUCUCCUUCCAUGUGGCAAAUAACUUAGGUCCCUACAAGAUUCCACAGCUCCACUCCCUUCUUCAAAACAUUUCCUUUAACAAUUCAGCCGGAGAAACCAUGUCAUUUAAUAAGAAGGGGGAAAUGGGAACUGGAUUUGACAUCAUGAACAUGGUCAUGUUCCCAAACAAGUCCUUUCUUCGAGUGAAAGUUGGAAAGGUGGAUAUAGAUGCUCAUGAAGGAAAAACAUUCAUCAUUCAUGAAAAUAUGAUUAUGGUGCCCGUUUCUGUGUGCAAUGACCCCUGCCCCCCUGGGCAGCAGAAGAAAAAGAAGGAAGGGGAGACGUUUUGCUGCUACGAUUGUGCUCCUUGCCCAACUGGGAAGUUUUCCAGCCACAAAGAUAUGGAUGACUGUUUCCCAUGUCCAGAAGGUCAAUAUCCAAGCAAGAACCAGGAUGGAUGCAUCCAUAAAAAUAUAAGCUUUUUAUCUUUUGAUGAACCUCUAGGAAUCAGUCUGGUUUCACUUGCUCUUUCUCUCUCUAUGACCACAGCCUUAGUUCUCGUAAUUUUCAUUAAACACAGAGAUACCCCCAUUGUCAAAGCCAACAACAGGGAUCUCACCUACAUUCUCCUUAUUUCUCUUCUCUUCUGCUUCCUCGCCUCUUUACUGUUCCUUGGAAAACCAAACAAGGUGACUUGCUUCCUCCGGCAAUCUGCUUUUGGCAUCAUCUUCUCUGUGGCCCUGUCUUGUGUGUUAGCCAAAACCCUCACUGUGGUUGUAGCUUUCAUGGCCACCAAACCAGGGUCCAGCUUGAGGAAGUGGGUGGGGAAAAGGCCGGCCAGUUUCAUGGUCAUCUCUUGCUCCCUUGUUCAAGUAGGCAUUUGUACAGUGUGGCUAGGAACUUCUCCGCCUUUCCCAGAUUUGGACACCCAGUCACUGACUACUGAGGUAAUACUGGAAUGUAAUGAAGGCUCUGUCCUUAUGUUUUACAUUGUCCUGGGCUACGUGGGACUUCUGUCCCUCAUAAGCUUGCUUGUGGCCUUCAUUGCCCGGAAAUUGCCAGAUAGUUUUAAUGAGGCCAAAUUGAUUGCCUUCAGUAUGCUGAUGCUUUGCAGUGCUUGGUUGUGUUUUGUUCCCACCUACCUGAGUGCCAAAGGGAAACAGAUGGUGGCUGUGGAGAUCUUCUCCAUCUUGGUCUCCAGUGCUGGCUUACUGGUUUGUAUCUUUUGCCCCAAGUGCUACAUAAUAGUGCUGAAGCCUGAUCUCAAUACAAAGGAUAAACUCAUGAGAAAUAAUUAA